AUGGCUAAUAAUUCCAAGCCUUCUUCAGAUGUAUUAUCCAUUUUGAAUGAAUCGCUAGUUCAAUAUCAUGGAUUUUGGUGCAACAAAAGUUUCUUGCAAGGAAUUGAAGCAAUGAGGGCAGAGUUUGAAGCCCAUCCCGACGACAUAAUAUUGGCUUCGUCUCUCAAGACAGGCACAACCUGGAUUAAAGCACUUGUUUACGCCAUUCUGAGCUGCAAACAAUACGACCUCAACGACCCUCCUUAUCCUCUCAAUCGAGUAAGCCCUCAUGAACUUGUUCCCAACUUAGAAAUGCAACUGUAUGGCCCCUUCGCCAAUUUAACCCUUGAGUCUGUAUCUCUGUUUCCCCGUGUAUUUCACACACAUGUUCCAUAUCAAGCAUUGCCCGACUCUAUUAAAUCUUCAGGCUGUAAAAUCAUUUAUCUCGCCCGCAAUCCCAAGGACACUUUUGUUUCAUUGUGGGAAAUGGUCAUCAAUAAAUUAAACAACAAGAAUGCCUAUGUGUCGAAGGAGAAAGCCCUAGAGAGCUUUUGCAGGGGAGUAUACCACACCGGCCCCUUUGCUAAUCAUGUAGCAUCUUAUUGGCGUGAGAAAAGCAAGCAUAAUAUUUUGUGCCUUACUUACGAAGACCUUGUUGCUGAUCCCGUGGCUUGUAUUGAAGUAUUGAGUGAUUUUAUGGGGUGUUGGUGGGUUAAAGAGGAGGAUAUGAGCAACAUUUCUAACAAGUGCAGUUUCAAAUCUCUGUCUCAAAUGGAGGCAAACAAAACGGGAGAGAUUAAUCUGCGUGGGCUUAGUCUGAGAAAUGACAGCUUCUUCAGGGAAGGAAAAGUUGGGGGUUGGAAGAAUUUGCUCACAGCCGACAUGAACGCAGAGAUGGAUAAAAUGAUUGAGCAGAAACUUUCUGUUUUUGAGGACUUCCCGCAAUUUAAAUAUCAGUUAGAAGAUGGCGACGUUAAAUUGCAUGACGAGUUUAAAUAG